GUACGAGGUGGGCACGAUGCAGAGUGCGGUGUUCCUGGCGCUGCAGCACGGAGGCGGGCGCAUGGAACCGGGCAGCCGCAGGCGGGGCGAGACGGAGGAGGCAACGGAGAGAGGCAGGAUGAAGAGAACGAUCAUUAAAGAUUGGAAAACGAGACUGAGCUACUUCCUGCAGAACUCUUCCAAUUCAACUAAAAUUAAGUCUAAGAAAGUGGGGAAAAACCGCACCUACUUCAGACCUUCCCCUGAGGAAGCCCAGCUGUGGUCAGAAGCCUUUGAUGAACUUCUCGCUAAUAAAUACGGUCUUGCUGCUUUCCGAGCUUUUCUGAAGUCUGAGUUCUGUGAAGAGAACAUUGAGUUCUGGUUGGCCUGUGAGGACUUCAAGAAAACCAAGUCACCUCAGAAGCUGACAGUAAAAGCAAAAAAAAUCUACAAUGACUUCAUUGAAAAAGAAGCUCCCAAAGAGAUAAAUAUUGACUUCCAAACCAAGAACAUGAUUGCACAGAACAUUCAAGAAGCCACGCAUACCUGCUUCAGUGCAGCGCAGAAGAGAGUUUACAGCUUGAUGGAGAAUAACUCAUACCCACGGUUUUUAGAAUCUGAAUUCUAUCAGGAGCUGUGCAAGAAGCCACCUAUCACCAGGGCAGCCCCGGGGACAUGAGCAAUGGAGGAGAGGGAGGAGAAGCCUCUUGGCUAGUGAGGAAGCAAUCCACAGCUCAGGGCAGCAUCCUGACCUGAAAGACUGAGAUAAAAGUGCUCACUUUUUGCCAUGGUGCACGGACAAAAACACUGACUUUGGCACAAAGCUGAUGGCAAAGUGACACUGCUGGAAAAUGUUCUGAGGUGGUGGCAGCAGUGUGCUGGCUAGCUGCUGGCAAUGUACUUCUGAGUGCUGAAGUGGAAGGUGACUCCAUGCAUUAGACCAAACCAUAUAGUUUAAGAGUCCUUUUGUCAUGGCUGAGGUGGCAACAUCGCAGGUCAGAACACAGCUUCCUUCUUGUAACUAGAAGCUGCUCUGUACUGUUGCACAGUGCUGGGAACUUGAGUAAUUGGUUGCACAGUUAUUUUUUCCUAAACAACAACCAGUCUUGCCAUCAUCAGUCACUUGGUGUGUUUGCACUGGUUCUGUAAAACCGCCUUGAGCUGCAAAGAUGUUUGGUUUCUGUUCAACUUCUAGACAAUACCAGCACUAGGCAGCAAGAGUGUAACUUGGUUCCCAGAGGAACAGGUUCUACAACUGAAGUAUGCAGGGCUGGGUUGUGUCAGCAGGGCUGCACAAGGCCAGACUGAGGGCAAAACUUGGCCAAGGUGAACAGGAGCUGUAUAGUAUUAUAUUUAUAUGCGGAUUAUGAUUGUGUAGAAUGCUGCAAUGUCAUAAUUCUGUCUUGAGGACAGCAAGCUUCAGUGAAGUCUCUUAUUGUUUAUAAUAAACUAUUUUGAUACAAA